GAAAAAGCAGGGAAAGCCCCACUUCUCGAACAACUCGGACGAGUCGUCUCGCUAUCGACUCGCCAUCGCAGAGGCUCUAACCGACCAUUUCAUCUCCAUCUCUUCCAAUCUUCAAUCUUCAAUCUUCAAUCUAGGCAAACCGCAAUUAUGGGAGAAACCGCCGUCGAUGGCGAUUUGCUUCUCAAGAGCUUCUUCGCCGAAGUCAGCGAAGUCGAGAGGGACAACGAAGUCCUCAGGAUCCUCUCGUGUUUCAAGUUAAAUCCUUUUGAGUAUCUAAAUCUACCAUUUGAUGCAUCUCCGGAAGAUGUGAAAAAGCAGUAUCGCAAGUUAUCAUUGUUGGUUCACCCUGAUAAAUGCAAGCAUCCACAGGCCAAGGAGGCAUUUUCUGCAUUAGCAAAAGCUCAACAACUAUUACUUGAUGGGCAAGAAAGGGACUAUAUUAUUAGCCAAGUCAAUGCAGCAAAAGAUGAACUUCGAGUAAAGAGGAAGAAGCAGCUGAAGAAAGAUACAGCUUCUAAAAUAAAGUCAAUGGUUGAAGAGGGGAAAUAUGAUCAACAAUAUGAAAGGUCAGAGGAGUUCCAGCAAGAACUAAAAUUGAAAGUUAGAGAAUUGUUAACAGAACAAGAGUGGCGGAGGAGAAAAAUGCAGAUGAGGAUAUCUGAAGAGGAGGGUAGACUGAAAAAAGAUGAAGAAGAACAAAAAGAGAUGUGGAAAAGAAAGCGUGAGCAUGAGGAGCAGUGGGAAGGCACAAGAGAGCAGAGGGUUUCAAGCUGGAGAGAUUUUAUGAAAGGCGGCAAAAAGGCCAAGAAAGGAGAAAUUCGACCUCCUAAGCUCAAAACUGAAGACCCUAACAAAUCUUAUGUUCAAAGGCCAGUAAAACGAGGUUAAUUGGUUUGCUAGGGCUUGUUUGGUUUUUUAUUAAUGAUGAACCAAGCCUUGUUGCCCUAAAAUUGUUGCGAGAAACCAAGCCCUGUUGCCUUAAAAUUGCUGGGAGAAAUUUGUAUUUAUCUAUAACUUGUUUGUAAGCAAGUUUGCGAUUAUGUUGAUCUGAGACAUGGUAGGAAUUUCUCGAGGACCUGAUAGAACCAAACAUAUUGUAAGCAAUUGUAGGUUUAGUUAUAUAUAGUUUUGACAGAGCUAUUAUGCCUAUA